CACUACUUAACAAAAUCAUUUAGACAUCGAGCUUCUACGUCCAUUACUAACUUACAACAUCAGACUCACAGAUAAAAUCGAUCAAACAAACCAUAAAUCCAUAAUCAUUAACAAACAACAAACACUACAAAACUUAUAAAACGACUUCAAUCACCCGAGAACCAAACAUUCCAGUAAUCCUCUACAACACAAGUAACCAACUCGCUCUAUCCCUCGCUCUGCAAUUCUCUCUAUCCCUCGCCGAUGGACAAGUCCCAAUUGAGACAAUACCUUCAAUCUACCAUGUCUGGUGUUGCUGGUGUUCAAUCUACAAUUGUGUAUGAAGAUCCUCUACUACAAAAUGUUACAUCAAACAUUCAACAAUUUGCACGAACCCAAUUUGCUAAGGAAAAAUGGGAGUAUAAGAAGCGAUUUCAUCUCGGUUCUUUGGCUAAAAUCAUUUCAGAAUUAAAUUGGAGCAAUGUUGAUUACGAGAAGUUGUUGACAUCAAGGGAGGAUAAAAAAUAUCGACGUGAUGAUUGGAAUGUAGCUGAACACCGAUUUUCAGGAGAGGUUGAACUAGACACAGACGUUGCUGAAUCUUUUUGUGAAAUCCUCAAACGUGAGUUGAAUACUGAGCAUAAGUGUUACAUUAUUUCUCCACUUUGUUGGGGUGCUAAUGUGCGCAGUGCAGGCCUCGAUUUUCACUUUAAGCACUCCAUUCACUGUGCAGGCAAUGAAAAGACUCACAUUGGGGUAAUCGAUGAGAAUCACUUCUUCUCGAUUCACGUUAUAUUUGAGGAGCACAAAAUCUACAUCAUGGAUUCUUUGUAUCCUCUCCAUUCCACACACCGAUUGCAUGUUUAUCUGUUGUUGCAACAUUUGCAAUAUCGUCACGAGAUUAAUAAGUCCAUUUGGGAAAUUUGUUUCGUGACGAAUAAUCUGAAGCAAGAGAAUGGUUCUGAUUGUGGAGUUUUCAUGCUUAAGAGUAUGGAGUCUUGGUUGAAAGGAAUUAGAUUACCUUUCUCAAAGGAGCAUGCGAACAAUGCAAGGCACAUCCUUAUAAGGGAGACUCUGGAUAAAAAGCUGUUGCCUGAGGAGAACUGAGGUGUUCCCCAUCAACGAAGAAGAAUUCAGCCAUUGAAGACAUUCAAUUGGCUUUGUUUUCUCUUAUCUUUUAUUUAUCUCUUCUUAUGAACAUGUGUUGGUUAUCUUGGGAUUGUUUUAAUACUUUGAUUAUGAACUAACUUUUAUGAGUUUGGAUUUUUAUGGAACCCUAGUAUGGGAUUGUUGGUGUUUAGACAAGAAGUAUUAUAUGCAGUUUACGGUUUAUUCAUUCAAGUGAUUUUCAUGUUAA